GAAGUCACUUUGGAUACCAAGGAAUGAUAUGAGUUGUGACACUGAAAUUUCUCUGCUGAUUAUUAUAAAAGCAAAUCAACUUCAGUUGCCUGUAUAUAGGUGAAAGAGAGUUUAGAGGGCUGCAUGUCCUAGCAAGCCAGGUAUAACACUCGUAUUUCCCCAAGUAGUGUGUUGUGCUGUGUUAUCUCAACACUAACACUGAGGUGACUGAAUCACUGGGUCAGCAGCCAUGUCAGAGGGGCAGACGGACAAAGCCAGGGAAGCAGACGGCCUAGCUAUGCAGAGCUACUCUAACAGCUCGGCUAAGCUGUCAAAACGUGACAUGUUUUCGGAAGGCUCAGCAACCAUGGAUCAAGAUGGAGAGGUGGAGGUUGAAAUUAGUGAAGAGCUCCCAAAGUCAGAACAACCAAAGAAGUGCCUUGCUCUCCGGACAUGUUGCCACAGGACAUUCAAACCCAUUCAAACACACUACAACCCAUUGCCAGAAAAUGCCACCCUUGGUCAGAGAGUGAAAUAUUUUUUUAUGUGUCCACCCCAUGGGAAAGUAGGAGGCUUUCUGGUGCUGUUGUUCAUGUUCGGAAUCUGGCUCGCUGUUUUGAUCUCCCUGACCGGGGCGGAGGCACUCCCGGGGGGCAACCUGUUUGCGUUGCUGGUGUUGUUUGUCACCUGUUGGUUUGGUGGAUAUUUGGUGUCACUGGUUAAAAACAUCAUCCCUUUCCUGCCGCUUCCACCAUUGCUAGGCAUGCUGCUUGUUGGAGGGUUAUUACGAAAUGUUCCCCAGAUAGCCAUCUCCACCGAUAUACACCGUGCCUGGUCCUCAGGAGCCCGGAAUAUAGCUCUUGGCAUCAUCCUUCUGCGAGCUGGUCUUGGACUGGACCCGUCUGCUCUCCGGAAGCUGUCCUUUGUAGUCGUCAGACUGGCCUUCUCACCAUGCCUCAUGGAGACCACAGCCGAUGCAGUUGCAGCACAUCUCCUGCUCGGCUUCCCCUGGGAGUGGGGCUUCAUGCUUGGGUUUGUGAUCGCAGCAGUGUCCCCGGCCGUGGUGGUCCCCUGCCUGCUGUCUCUGCAGGAAGAUGGGUAUGGGGUAGACAAAGGCAUCCCCACUCUCGUCAUCGCAGCAGCCAGUGUGGAUGAUGUGUUGGCCAUCACUGGCUUCGGUGUUGUGCUGGGCAUUGCCUUCUCACAAGGUAACUUGGCGUGGACGCUGCUGAAGGGCCCCCUGGAGGCUGUGGUGGGCGUCGCCCUGGGGACUGUGGCUGGGGUCAUACUCUGGUACUUCCCACAACGCACCAGUAAGAACCUGGUGUUGUUUCGGUCUGUGAUGCUGGUGGGGUUCGGUCUGAUGGCCAUCUUUCUCUCCACGUACCUAAAGUGGGCGGGGUCCGGACCUCUGGGCUGCCUCACUCUCGCGUUUGUUGCUGCGCUGAAGUGGAGGAAAGAGUUCAAGGAGGGUGAACAGAAUCCAAUUGAGAAUGUUGUGGGUGUCCUGUGGAUGAUUUUUCAACCAUUACUGUUUGGUCUGAUUGCAUCUGAGGUGGAGAUCUCGAGUAUCGACAAGAACACCAUUGGUCUCGGCCUAGCCACUCUUGGAAUCGGAUUGGCAGUAAGGAUGGUGGUGUCCUUCCUGGCAGUGUUCUUCACACCUCUCAACCUCAGGGAGAGGAUGUUCAUUCCCUUUGCAUGGCUGCCCAAAGCCACGGUCCAGGCUGCCAUUGGUGCCAAAGCUUAUGAAAUGGCUAUUUCUGAGGGUAAACCAGAGCUGGAGAAUUUAGGCAAACAGAUCCUGACCAUUGCCGUGUUGGCCAUCUUGAUCACUGCUCCCAUCGGUGCUGCUCUGGUCACCAUCUUUGGGCCAAAGCUGCUGAAAAAGACACAAAACGUUGAGAGUCCGGACGUUGUCUCGGACAGAGAGUCACAUGCUAUACAGGGACACAACAAUCCUGUGUUCUGUGCCGAGGACGAGUCGGGAGCAGCCGACACCAAGGGAGUUCAGAUAGAAGAUGUAUCUGGACAAGAGGCCAGGUUCCAGGGCAGCAGACAGGACGAGAUGAAUGGGGACACCACCAGGCUGUAACUAGUCACCCUGGAACCUAGAAGACCAGGAGCACUUUUUUACGUAGCUAAGACAUCCGUAAACCUAGAUACAUAUUGGUAAAGAACAGGAUUACAAGACCCUGAAGGAUCCUCUGGGGUCCUCACUGCUAUGCAUCGCUUCGAGAUUUCUGACAGUGUCAUUGUAAACUAUGCAUUACUGGUUUCUGUGAUAUUUAUUCUAGAGUUAUUAUCAUGUGUUCUUUGUUCUUGUUGCUAUUUUUUGAAUUUUUUAUACAUUGAAAUCCAUUUACGAGAAAUCCUUCAGGUACCUCUAUUUAUACAAAUCAAGUUGAAAUCCAUUGACAAUAUCCCUCUGAUAACUGUUCAUGCAUAUCAAGUUGAAAUCCAUUGACAGAAAAUCUUUCAGACCUCUAUUUGUUCAAAAAUAUGCUCAAUGAGUCAUGGGGUGCCACUGGCAAGGGUGUAUGGUCCAGGGUGCCACUGACAAGGGUGCAUGGUCCGGGGUGCCACUGACAAGGGUGCAUGGUCCAGUGUGCCACUGACAAGGGUGCAUGGUCCGGGGUGCCACUGACAAGGGUGCAUGGUCCGGGGUGCCACUGACAAGGGUGCAUGGUCCAGGGUGCCACUGACAAGGGUGCAUGGUCCGGGAUGCCACUGACAAGGGUGUAUGGUCCGGGGUGCCACUGACAAGGGUGCAUGGUCCGGGAUGCCACUGACAAGGGUGUAUGGUCCAGGGUGCCACUGACAAGGGCAUAUAGUCCGGGGUGCCACUGACGAGGGCAUAUGGUCCGGGGUGCCACUGACAAGGGUGUAUGGUCCGGGGUGCCGCUGACAAGGGUGCAUGGUCCGGGAUGCCACUGACAAGGGUGCAUGGUCCGGGGUGCCACUGACAAGGGUGUAUGGUCCGGGAUGCCACUGACAAGGGUGCAUGGUCCGGGAUGCCACUGACAAGGGCAUAUAGUCCGGGGUGCCACUGACAAGGGCAUAUGGUCCGGGGUGCCACUGACAAGGGUGCAUGGUCCAGGGUGCCACUGACAAGGGUGUAUGGUCCGGGGUGCCACUGACAAGGGUGCAUGGUCCGGGGUGCCACUGACAAGGGCAUAUAGUCCGGGGUGCCACUGACAAGGGUGCAUGGUCCGGGAUGCCACUGACAAGGGUGUAUGGUCAGGGGUGCCACUGACAAGGGCAUAUAGUCCGGGGUGCCACUGACAAGGGCAUAUGGUCCGGGGUGCCACUGUCAAGGGUGUAUGGUCCGGGGUGCUGCUGACAAGGGUGCAUGGUCGGGGGUGCCACUAACAAGGGUGUAUGGUCCGGGGUGCCACUGACAAGGGUGCAUGGUCCGGGAUGCCACUGACAAGGGCAUAUAGUCCGGGGUGCCACUGACAAGGGUGCAUGGUCCGGGGUGCCACUGACAAGGGUGUAUGGUCCUGGGUGCCACUGACAAGGGUGCAUGGUCCGGGAUGCCACUGACAAGGGCAUAUGGUCCGGGGUGCCACUGACAAGAGCAAAUCGUCCGGGGUGCCACUGACAAGGGCAUAUGGUCCGGGGUGCCACUGUCAAGGGUGUAUGGUCCGGGGUGCUGCUGACAAGGGUGCAUGGUCGGGGGUGCCACUAACAAGGGUGUAUGGUCGGGGGUGCCACUGACAAGGGUGCAUGGUCCGGGAUGCCACUGACAAGGGCAUAUAGUCCAGGGUGCCACUGACAAGGGUGCAUGGUCCGGGGUGCCACUGACAAGGGUGUAUGGUCCUGGGUGCCACUGACAAGGGUGUAUGGUCCGGGAUGCCACUGACAAGGGUGCAUGGUCCGGGAUGCCACUGACAAGGGCAUAUGGUCCGGGGUGCCACUGACAAGGGCAUAUGGUCCGGGGUGCCACUGACAAGGGCAUAUGGUCCGGGGUGCCACUGACAAGGGUGUAUGGUCCAGGGUGCAACUGACAAGGGUGUAUGGUCAAGGGUGCCACUGACAGGGCAUAUAGUCCGGGGUGCCACUGACAAGGGCAUAUAGUCCGGGUGCCACUGACAAGGGUGCAUGGUCCAGGGUGCCACUGACAAGGGCAUAUGGUCCGGGGUGCCACUGAGGGUGCCACAUCUUGUGGAGCACAAUUUGUGUCAGUGGUGAGGUGUUGUUACCCAUGUCACAGAGCAUCUUCCUGAGGCAAGGGAGUUCACUGACUGUUAAAGUCCAGUUUCUACCCUUGCUGAACUAGGCCGGAAUUUCUGGUAUUGAUUGUAGGGCCACCAGUGGAUAUUGCGAGUUAUGUCCCUUCUAUGCCCCUCCUAUUGACCAAUGAGAUUCAACCUCUCACAUCACUUGCAUCUGCUUUUAACAAUAUGGCAGCGCCCAGUCAAGACGAUAUGAUAGAUGAUUGAGAUGUAUAUUGUAAUAUAACAGGUCUUUCUUUGUGAAGUGCAUCAAAUCACGUGAGCACCUUGAUUAACGCCAUGAGAAGAUUUGAAAAAUAUCUGUCGACGCCCAAUUGACAGUACAGAUCCUUAGCAAAUCCUGCAGUUGAUCAAAAUCUGCACGUUCAAAUCCAUGUUGUUUAUGAACCGGGUGUUGAUUUCGUUGCAAGAUUUUUAUUGGAUUAUGCAUAGACUCGUUAGUCCAGUCAAGAUAACCCCAUAAUACCAGCCUGAUACGACAAGGGUGGAAACUGGACUUUUACAGUCAGUAAAUACCCUUACCUCAGGAAGAUGGUCACAGAGCUGAUGCCAGAUAGUCUACGUUGACAUUCUAUAUAUUUUGUAGACAUGUAAUUUGAAAUAACAAACAUAUUCAAUCUUUGGUAAUCCAGUUGGCUUCUCCCCCUUUGAUCCCAUGGCUUCCACCUUAUAUUGUUAUCUGUGUACCAUAAUCCAACCUAUAGUUAACAGAUCAGGAUUUAUACAUCAUAACUCUUACCCUCACUCAGUAUUCACUUGAUGACAAGGCAAGACGUUGUUACAAACAAUAAAAAAUCUGCUAUC